AGGGGGCUUUCGUGAGGGAACCCGCGAAUAUCUUUUAGAUAUGGCCUAUUUUUAGGGCGCGUGAUAUGGGUAGGGGGGCUGUUUGAUUCGGUUUGUCGUGCGAACCAAGGACACACACAUAGAAACGCUCGCGCGCCUCUUCUCUGAGUCAUACCGCAUUUGGAGGCUCGCGCUGCUUGAGUGAAGUGGAGCCCCUGCUGAUAGCGUGCACGCGCACACUCAGAAGUAGGGUUUGUUUUUCUUCUUUGUUUUUCAAUUUAAAUUCUUUCAGAUGGAGGAAUGUAGACUCACGAGGAAACAGGAAACGGAGGAGCAACCAUGACAUCCGAGAUGCAGGAAAUCGCCAUCACAGAGGAAAAGCCUUUACUCACGGGUCAGGCUGAUGCUGCAAAGGACGUUGCUGAACUGGCUGCAAGGAUACUCCUGGACCAAGGACAGGAGCACAGCGUUGAAACCCCGCACGGCGUUCUACGCGUGACCCUCCACGGAACUCGGACCACCCGCAGGCCCGCCAUCCUGACCUUCCACGACGUGGGUCUGGACAGUAAGAGCUGCUUCUCUUCUCUGUUUAAAUUCGAGGAGAUGCAGGAGAUCGUCAAGAAUUUCACCCUGAUUCAUAUCGAUGCUCCGGGACAAGAGGAGGGGGCCUCUGCCUACCCUCCAGGUUACCAGUAUCCCUCCAUGGAGACCAUCGCAGAGAUGAUCCCUGCUGUGCUGCAGUUUUUUAACUUCCGUACCGUCAUUGGAGUGGGGGUGGGCGUAGGAGCAUACAUCCUCUCCAAGUUCACACUUGCAAAUCCAGAUUCAGUGGAGGGUCUGGUCCUGAUUAACAUCGACACUAACGCUCGAGGAUGGAUGGACUGGGCCGCUCACAAGCUGAGUUCUGUGACUUCCUCCCUCACAGAGCAGAUCCUGUCUCACCUUUUCAGUCAGGAGGAGCUGUCAUCAAACACAGACUUGGUGCAGUCUCACAGAGAGCGUAUCUCCAAAGCACCUAAUCUGGCCAACAUGGAGCUCCUCUGGAAGACGUACAACGGCCGUAGGGAUCUGAACCUGGACCGCAACUACACCUUCAAGUGUCCAGUGAUGUUGGUGGUGGGCGAUCAAGCUCCGUACGAAGAUGCUGCUGUGGAGUGCAACAGCAAGAUGGAUCCGACAUCAACUUCCUUCCUGAAGAUGGCUGAUGCAGGCGGCCUCCCUCAGAUCACUCAGCCCGCUAAACUCACCGAGGCUUUCAAAUAUUUCAUCCAGGGCAUGGGCUACAUGGCUUCCUCUUGCAUGACCCGCCUGUCCCGCUCCCGCACCACCUCCCUCUCCUCCUCCUACUCCAUGGACGGCUCCCGCUCUCGCUCACGCACCCUGUCCCAGGGCUCGCAGGGGGGCCAGAUGCCGCCUAGUCCCUCCCAAACCAUGGAGGUGUCCUGCUGAAGAAGACCCCACAGGGCAGAGCGCAAAGCGAGGGGGUGAGAGCGGAGAGCGAAAGGAAAGAAGGGAAGGGUGAAGCAUAACGCAAGAAAAAAGACGAACGGCUUUCUCUAUUUGUCACUAAACGACUCCCAUCAUUCCCCGCAAGAGCAGAGCAGACAGAGGCGGAAAGAGGGAGAGGGCCUGUCCUCCAUGUUGGUCCAACAGAGAUGCAGUCUUAAAGCAAAAAGAGAUUAAAACUAAUAGGAAGGAGGUGCAGAACAGGAAUCAGCCCUCUCUCCCUCUGUCAGCCUGUAGAUCCCUUUAAUCUAGAUCCAGAGUGUGGCAGGUAGAAGUUGCAAUCAUUACAAUAACCAGUAGAAACACUUCAGGAAGUAGAAUUGAUGGUGGUGUUGCCGAUAGUGAUGCUGAAGCUAAUGAUGAUGUAAUAGAAAAAAUAAACUGUAACACUUUUCUCUUUAUUACAUAAUGAUUUUAUUAUACCAUAGAAUAAAAAAAAACUAGAGCAGUUAUACUUAAUACAGUGUGUGUUCUCUUCAAGCUAGUUUUUCAUGUGUUUUUCUGAUUUCUUACCUGUCUCAAGUAAUGGCUGAACCUACAGAUGUGAUGCCAGCUAGCAACUACAUGUGCAUCUCAAAACGUUGAAAAAUUGAUUUCAGCUGUUUAAUUCAAAAAGUGAAACUCAUGUAUUGUAUAGACUUAUGAAACAGUGAUUUAUUUCAAAAAGCAUAUUGUUCUAUCUCUUUUGAUGAUUGUGGCUUACAGUUUAUGAAAAUCAAAAAUUCAAUUUUUCAGAAAUCAAUUUCUUCCCCAGGUCAAUGAAACAAAGGUUUUUAAUAUAUAAAUAACUAACUGAAACGUAUGUACAGUAUCUGGACUCAAUAAGUGGUUAGGGCUCCUUUUGCAUGAAUUACUGCAUCAAUGCAGCAUGGCAUGGAGAUCAGCCUGUGGUUCUGCGGAGUGUAAUGGAAGCCCAGGUUUCUUUAAUUGUGACCUUCAGGUCAUCUUCAUUGCUGGGUCUGGUGUCUCUUAUCUUCCUGGUAGAUGAUUGCACUGAUCUUAGAUUGGAUUGUGAAAACUUAACACUAUAUCCCAAACAACUAGGAUUCUAUGCCUCUCCACUCUUCCUCCAAACUCAUGGACAUUGAUUUCAAAAUAGGACUUUGGACUAAUGAGCAACUGUCCAGUCCUCUCACAGGUACAGUUUAUCUCUCUUGCUUGUUCUAAUCCUUUGGUGUCACAGUUUUUCCUUCUACAUAACUUUCCAUUUAUAUGCUUGGAUACAUAACUCUGUGAACAGUCAUCUUUUUUAGCAACCACCUUCUGUGGCGUAUAGAAUGUGUUGGUGACUGAAGGACUACAGUCAACAGUCUUCCACAUGAUCCCAUAACAUGGGUCUAAUACAACAAUUAAAGAAUCCUUGGUAAUGGUCUUAUGUAAUAUCCUAAUUUUCUAAGAAUCACAAUUUUGGGUUUUCUAGCUGUAAGCCAUAGUUAACGGGAAUAAACACUUGAAAUACAUUAAUCUGUAUGAUAUGUGAUUUUUUAGCUUUUGAAUCGAAUGCCUGAAAUAAAUGAACUUCUUAAUGGUUUUCAAAUUUUGAGAUAAAUGUGUAUUUCCACCUCUGUGUUGCCAGGUUUUUUGUCUUCCAUUCGCUUUGUUCCCAUCCUCACUAUUUUAGUUUUGUUUUUCUGUUGGAUGUCGAGAGGUUGGCAGUACAUGUUUUUUUAUCUAUUCUCCUGAAUCUGCAUGCCUGGUAUCAGCCCAUGUUAAUGCUGACCUGAUAUUUUUCUUUCAUAUUCUGCUAAUCUGUGUGUGUGUGUGUGUUGUUCUGACUUUAGAUUGAGAGUCUGAAAGACGUUGCUGGCAUUACCGAGGGUGUUUGUUUGCUUCAGCUAAGCUGUUGUCAAUUGGAGCCGCACAUUAUAAGUAGUGCUUCCAACCUUUCUGGCGCAUGAUGCUUUGGCUGUGUGCAGAUACCUCCAUAUAAACGCAGCCGGCAUACUUGAGGUCUACAAAAACACACACUCCUGCUUAAAUUCGGCUGCUUCUUUAUGGAGGACAGCUGCCUGUGUGUGUGACUGUUGUGUGGAACUAAAUGGGAAGGGAGUGGGAGUGUUUGUGUCCAGUUAGCAGACUUAACUUAGCUGAGUAGGAGGAAGAAAAACAGGAGACUGAAGGGGGGAAAAAAGCUCUGUAAACCAGCCCUUCCACUGCCAAAACAUGCCAAAUAAAAACCACCUGAACCUUGAGCCACACUCUUACAGCUGGUAGGAAACAGCAAACUGCCAAAUUUCCUCAAAAUAAAAGGGCAGAUUUUCAAAAUAAAUGUGCGCCUUUUUGCCUCAUUUACCUGGUGUCAGUGACUCAAAUCUCUGUCCAAACGUAAAUAUUUCAACACGAAGCUGUCCACUGCCCUAUGAGGUAUUGCCAAUAGCCUGAUUGUUUUUGUAAAAGAACCAACAGAAUAUCUGGAUGCAGCCCAGAGCAUUUUGCAUUUGGUUGUAUUUAAUACGUGAUUUGAAUGUGUCAGGUGGAGGCAGCCUGUUUCUUGUUUGUGUGAUCCAGUUCUGUUUAUCCAAAGCUUUUUAAAAGGGACUGAGCUGUGAUUGGCUAAGCAUGACAGGAAGCCCGUAAAGAAAAAUGUAACAUUGAUUCAGAGUGUUGUUGGUUCUGGGGCAGGCUCUGAUUUCUGUCACAUAAGGAAAUCUACCAGGAGGAAUCAUGAAGGUAGAAAGCUUGUACAGAAAGUUGAGCAGUACUUCUUUCUUAAGAGUUGAGCAGGCAUGUGUGAUUGUAAAUGCUUGUCCAAGUUGUCUUCUGUGUGUUUCUUUAAUUUUUAUUUCAAUCUGUAUUUUGCCUCUCAUACAUCUCAUUUUUUAAUUCCGUGUGAAGUGUUAGUUUAAUGUCCCAAGUUAGUUACCCGUGUGCUAGUUCUUGUGUAACUUUUUUAGCAUUAGCGCCUAUAAGGGAGAGUAAUAUAAUUAACAAUCAAAAGAUUCAAAGUAAAACAAAAAAACUGAAAUUGUGUGGCUAAUUUCCCUGUGUAAUACAAUGAGCAUCCUUAAAAAGCAAACUUAAAUAUCAAUAAAAGCUUAAGAGGAGCAA